CAAUAAAUUUAAACCAGCUCAUCAACAGCCAAUUAUGCAACUGACCAAAUACUUCAUGUACUCGAGACUUUAUAUAUAGUAUAUUCACAUUAGACACCCAAACAAACAAUAUAACCGAAUGGCCGAGCUCGAGAACCCCCAGGCCAUAAUCAUGCCCAGAGUCAUAAGACUGCUCUCUUCCCUUCUUGAGAGAGUUGCCGAGUCGAACGACCUCGGUCGUCGGCUCGAGACGGGCCAUGGAGGGAAGAUCUCGGUGUUUGAUGGGCUUACCAGGCCCACAAUCUCUGUCCAGAGUUACUUGGAGAGGAUAUUCAAGUACGCGAACUGCAGCCCGUCGUGUUUCGCGGUGGCCUACGUUUAUCUGGACCGGUUUGCGCAGCGGCAGCCGCUCUUGCCCAUCGAUUCAUUCAAUGUGCAUCGCUUGAUCAUCACCAGUUGUUUGGUUUCUGCCAAGUUCAUGGAUGAUAUGUAUUACAACAAUGCUUACUAUGCCAAGGUUGGGGGAAUCAGCACAAGAGAGAUGAACCUACUUGAGGUGGACUUCUUGUUUGGUUUGGGCUUCCAAUUGAACGUCACACCCGACACCUUCCACGCCUACUGUCGCUAUCUCCAAGGAGAGAUGUUGCUGGGAUCUCCACAAAUUAUUGGGAGCACACCGAAGCUCCAUUGCUGUUCUGGCACUGAAGAUGAAUCCACCCACCAACAUCAAUUGGCUGUCUAGUGCUGGAAAUAAUUUGGAAAAUUAAAGCUGUGACUUUUCAAAGAAAAUAUACUCCGAAAUUACCGCAAAAAGGUAAACAACGGUACAGAUGCACUUUAAAGUGAAUCUGUACCUUUGAUUUGCCUAUUCGGGAUAAUUUCGGGGUACACUUUUUUUGUACUUAGAAUUUCUCAUGUUUGGUUUGCAAAAUCCAUUGAUGGGCUCAAACCCAUGUAAGCUCAAUGACAUGGUACAAGUCGAUGGGGGAAAUGACCAUUGGAAAAAGUAGAAAUAUCUCUCUCUUCGACAGCC